GUUGUAGCGUUCGGUGUGCGUCGUUCCUUGCGCGUCGCAUCAGCACGCUCAGCUGUUGUCUCGCCGUGAAAUGACAGUUCCGCCGCGGCGGCGGUGCUGGUGCGCGAUGUGGAAAUUAAUUUUGUGAAGAAGGCGGUGCUGAAUGUGAAAGGGACAACGCGGAAUUGCUCGACGGGCACGACGACGAGUACGACGCGGACCCGCGUCGGGAAAGAUGAACGGCAGUCUGGGAAUAGCGCGCGGCUCGGAGCAACAUCCACAGCGUUUCGCGGACUACUUCGUCAUAUGCGGUUUGGACAAGGACUCGGGCCUAGAGCCGGACAAAUAUUUUGGUGAUUCAUUGCAAUGCACGCCGCUGGAUCGGGCGUACAAGAGCAAAGUGCUAGGACAUUAUCCAGAUUCGGUGCCAUGGAAUCCUUUCGACGAGCAUGCCGUCUGCAUGCUUUGUCUGCCAAGCGGUUUACGAUUCCGUACUCAAAAGCACUCGGUGGAGCCGACCUUUCAUUCUUUCGUGCUCACGAAGGAGGACGGCCACAGAACGUACGGGUUCAGUCUCGUCUUCUACGAGGAGUGCCGCAAUCGCAAGAUAUGCGCCGCUAUGCAAACGCUGCAGGCGAUGCACAUCACAGAGCUCAGCAGCGGCCAAAACGGCACGCCACCCACCGCGAGAAAGGGCCAGGACGGGCACAACACGAGGUCGUUGCCGCGGCACUUCAAACUGUCUGCCCAUUCGCCGGGUGCCGCGUUAGCGUACUACGACUCUACCAAAGACAAGUUGCUAGUGACCAAAUCGAUAUCCCUGUUGUGCCAGCAGCCCUACCUCCACGCGGCGAAGACGUUCCUCAAUAAUCUCUACAAGUGCGUUCCUAGACACCCCGGACCCGGCCUCAGUCUCGAGUCCUACGUGUACAAUCUCCUCUAUAAUGUACCGGUGCCGUUGCCCGGUAAAUCGUUGAAGUUCUUCGUACCUAACGACGAGCCCGCGAAAUCGCCGCUGGAGCUGGUCAUUCAUCAGCCGUCCCCGUCGCUGGAGCUGCCAAUGUUGGACUAUCCCCUGAAGGACGUGUUCACGUGGCUGGGCGCGGACUGCCUGAUACAGCUGUUCACGUGCGUGUUGCUGGAAAACCAGGUACUCCUGAGGAGUGCUGACUUCCAUAAGCUGAUGGUAGUGUCGGAGUGCAUAACGGCGCUGCUCUUCCCGUUCUCGUGGCAACACGUCUACGUGCCGAUAUUACCCGCCAGCCUGCAUCACUUCUUGGAUGCACCCGUGCCCUUUAUCAUGGGCCUGCACGCGCACAGCGAGGGCGGCGUGUUGAAGAUCGCUAGCGAGGCGAACCUCUGUUAUGUAGAUAUAGAUAAACAAAGUAGCCAAUUCCCAGAAGAGUUACCCGUGUUUCCUCACAAAGUGCAGUUUAUCGCGGAGAUUAGGGCGCUUCUAAAUAAGUACAAAGUACCACAUUCGGGAAAGACUGAUAAUAUGGUCAUAAAUUAUUACAACGGCGACAUCAUGACUAGUAGCCUGACGCUUCCUGGUUCCGGUUUCCACCUUCCUCGCAGAAAACAUUCCCUGCACGACGUGUUAGAUUGGGAUCGACCGGAACCAAGUCCACAAUCGGACAAUUUGCAAAGGAUAGUGGAUAUUGUUAAAAGACCAGUAGACGAUAUCGAUCCCGUGGAGGAUACUACAAAUGAGAAGUUACUCACGCCGCAAGAAGAAUACCAGGAGACUCUCGUUUUCAAUAACGCUAUCAGAGAGAUGUUUCUGAAUCGUUUUGUACAAAUGUUUUCUAGUUACGAACACUUCGUUAUACAGCCAAGUCAGGACAAGGAUGAGUGGAUCAAUAAUAGAGACAGUAUGCAUGUUUUCGACAAAGCUACAUUUUUAUCCGAUCAGCCUACGCAGCAUCUGCCGUUUCUGUCGAGAUUCCUCGAAACGCAGAUGUUCGCGUCUCUCGUCGACAGUAAAGUGAUGUCGACGUGGAGCGAGCUCGACUUUAACAUAAAGGUCUUUGACCAAAGGAUCUCCCUUUUGAAGAAGAAAAUCGGGGAGAGCAUCAUACGAUCGAUGCGGUACGAGCCUUGCACCAGCAUUACGGAUACGCAACAAGUACUGGAGCAAAGGUUAACCAACGUGGACUUCGAGACGAAUCCGCCCGCGGAAAUUAUCCCGCACCGAGCUGCGUAUUUUCGGAGUUUUCCUUUACUGGACAGUGUCGUGUUGAACAAAGAACCAGCUCAGAGUAUACUCCGCAGUAGGAGGGGGCAGACGCAGUGGAAGUAUAAGAUGAAAUCCAUCGACGCGAACGGGAAGCCUGCAACGCCUCAAGAAUCUCAGUCGCCCCGACCUCAGACUAAACUCUCGGCGGACAUGAGCCCGGCUCUGAUAGCGCAGGCUAAUUGGACGUUCGUCGAAAAAUUGCUCAAAGAUUGUAAAUCUAAAACGAAGAGGAUGUUGGUGGAGAAAAUGGGGUCGGAAGCCGUCGCGCUGGGCCACGGCGGCGAAUCUCUGUCCGACGUCGAGGAGAACACUCUAGUCGCUAGUCUCUGUGACCUGCUGGAACGGGUGUGGAGUCACGGGCUGCAAAACAAGCAGGGCAAAAGUGCGCUCUGGUCGCACCUGACCAUGUAUCAGGAAUCGGAAGAAUGUAACGACGCGACCAAGUCUAUAGAUCCUAACUUUCUGUCCCCUGCUAAGAAAUCGCCGAGUAGGUUUUUCGGAAUACCGGAUCGUUUGGUUUCAUCCUUGAAGGGCAAAAGUAUGUUCGAAAUUGCCUCUUACAUCAGGAACAAUUUGAACGGUAAGCCACGAGAUUGGCUUGCCCGUAAGAAGAAGCUUAGUUUGGUCGACGAACUGCACGAAAGCGAUCUAUCGAAUUUACAAUUGGAGACAGACGUUUCGCCCACAAGAGGCACGGACAAGCAUAAGUCGCCCGGCGAGAGAAAAACCGUAGGCCCGGAACAUCUUAGACCCUUGCCGGACUCUCUGAUCUUUGACAUUCGUAACGUCCAAGCGAUGACCGACAUCAAGACGCAUAUCGGAUACGCGAGAGCGUGGGUGCGAUUGGCACUUGAGAAAAAACUGCUGUCGCGUCACUUGAAGACGUUAUUGUCAGACAGCGCUCUAUUGAGGAGUCAAUACAAGCGAUCGGCGUUUUUGCGAUGCGAAGAAGAGAAGGAGCAAUUUCUCUACCACCUCCUGACGCUCAACGCUGUCGACUAUUUCUGCUUUACCAAUAAUUACCCGACGACGAAGCUACCGUACCGGGUCGUGAUAUUCCCCAGUCGGAAGGCGAGCGCUGCCACGACCUCGGCCAACAGCUGGAUCGCUAUUUCCGGCACACUCUGCGAGACGAAUCCGGUGCCUAUACCGAAGGGAGCGCUAGAAUUCGUUUUUCAGCAUAAAAACUUAGGCGUGCUGUCAACGUUACGGAUCGGGCACGACAACACGGGGAUGUCGCCGAAGUGGAUGGUGGAGCACGUGGUGGUGAGGAACGAGGUGACAGGGCAUACGUUCAAGUUCCCCUGCGGUCGUUGGCUGGGUCGAGGAAUAGACGACGGGUCCACCGAGCGACUGUUAGUGGGCGCCUUGGUACCCCGAAGCAUCGACAGCGAGGAGCUGGUGGAAUCGUGUUCCACGCCUCCGAGAUGUAGAUCACCUAGCAUACCAAGACGUCCCAUACUGUCACAAGUCGAGCUACAGCAUAUGCUCGGUGAAGCCGUGAAUGCCAUAGUCAAGUAUCACUACAGAAGAGAGUGUCAGGAUGGUUCCUUGACAGCGCUGUUGUGCGGAGAGGGCGGUCUGGUGCCGUCCUUGGAGCAGAUCUUUCUAUUCGGCUUUAAGAAUCAGAGAAUUUUCGGAAGAAACUUCUACGUGUGGGACUAUUUCCUGCGCGUGAAGGAAAAUUUCGAGAUAUCUUUGCUGGAAGAGAUGGACGAGUACUCGCAGAGGCUCAGUCGGGACAGAAGAGUGCACGCGGAGAGCAGCCAAAGAUUCACGAUCUUGAGAUGUUACUGCCAUCUCAUUGAUCAAAUUAAUAUGUUCAGUCAGACAUUGGGGAAGGACGGCAAGUUCCAGUUGUUCAUCUGCUUGGCAGCGAGAGAGCAGCUACUCCAUCCGAUGUUACGGCCGAUGAGCGACGCGCGUUCUACGACGGAUAUGUACGAAGAGAGUUCGUUCCUGAGGAAUCCUACGUUAUUGACCUUCCUCAUUCACAUUCUCGAACCGUUGAGCGAGUUUCAUAUUGUUCUCGAGAAAAGCUUGACUCACGGGAUCUCUAGUAUAUGUUAGUAUUUGCCGAAACGUACAGGUGUACGUUGAAAAUUCAUCGCGGAUAUUUCUGUGUUCUCUCGGUGGGAUGUGUCUUUAAGAAAGAGGCAAAUUCGUAAAAACUCCACGCGAAUCUGUCCGACGUGGUCAAGAGCGUGUCAUCCGUCGCUUUAUCGCGUUCGUUUUCCAUCGCCGACGGGCCGUAAAACGAUCAAGAUUUUCCUAAUCAGGAACACACAAGUCGGCGUCUCUCUCGACCGCACGAUAGGAUCUCGUCGUCGCGCUCGAACGACGACAAACGACGGGCUCGAUUGUUAUAUUACAUAGAACAAUAGAGGGAGCUCGGCGAAUUUUAUCAUUGAGGUACAAG